CCUGGCUCCCAGCCGACCCCUCCCCCCAGCGUUCUGGCUGGUGGGGAAAUCACUAGGGGCUGGAGCCAAUCCGCGCCGUGGGGCGGGAGGCCCCGGCCAUCCGCAGCCGCCCAAGGACUCCCUGUCCCGGCCCCUGGCACACGCGUCUCGGUCCCGGUGCCUGCAGCCGCCCUGCCCGCCUCCGCCUUCCUCAGCUCCCCUCCGCCGGCGGCUCCCUCCCCCCCUCCCGGGGGGCUCUGUCUCUCCGGUCGGUCCCCGGCCCCUCCGGUCGCCUCCGGUCGGUCCCCGGCCCCUCCGGUCGGUCCCCUUCCUCUUUCCCACGCGCUCUUCCCUUCUCCGCCUUUCAUUUCCCCUUUCCCCCGUUCCCUCCAUCCCCUGCCCCCUGGUGAUUCCUCAGGCCCUCCUGCCUUCACUCCUCCUUUUCCCCAUUCUCCCGCUUCUCCCCCCCGGGCCGGUCCGUCUUUCCUUUUUCAUUCCCUCUUUCCCCUCUGCUCGCCCUUCCCCGUCCCCUUCUGGCUUUUCCUCUCCCUUCGGGUCUCCUCUAGUUCCCAUUCCCUUUCUUUCUUUCUUUCUUUCUUUCUUUCUUUCUUUCUUUCUUUCUUUCUUUCUCAUUUAAUCUCUUCUUUCUUUCUUUCUUUCUUUCUUUCUUUCUUUCUUUCUUUCUUUCUUUCUUUCUCAUUUAAUCUCUUCUUUCUUUCUUUCUUUCUCAUUUAAUCUCUUCUUUCUUUCUUUCUUUCUUUCUGUCUGUCUGUCUCCCCCGCCCCAGGAUCUCGGGUCAGGUCUAACAGACCGUCCUGGGGGCUCGACCUUUCCAUUUCUUCGCACAAGACCCAAGGCGCCCCCCCCGUCCCGCCCCGCCGGGGGUCUCUGUCCCUCCCGGGGCUCCGAGCCGCCGAGAUGCCGACGGGAUUUCAGCAGAUCAGCAGAGAGGAGGGGGACGAAGUCCCGCGGGAAGCCAGGCCGAGGGUAACCUCGACCCUGGUGUUGUCGGUCUUCACGGCCGUGCUGGGGUCCCUGCAGUGCGGGUACAACAUCGGUGUCAUAAAUGCCCCCCAAAAGAUUAUCGAGCAGAACUACAAUGCCACCUGGCUGGCACGGCACAACUCGCCCAUCGACCUGGCCACGCUCACCACCCUCUGGUCCCUGUCGGUCGCCAUCUUCUCCAUCGGGGGCAUGAUCUCCUCCUUCCUGGUGGGGGUCGUCUCCGAGUGGCUGGGCAGGAAGCGGGCCAUGAUCAUCAAUAACGCCCUGGCCUUCCUGGGCGGGGCCCUCAUGGGCCUGGCCAAGCUGGGCUGCUCCUACGAGAUGAUGAUCCUCGGGCGGUUCCUGAUUGGGGCCUACUCAGGGCUGGUUUCUGGCUUGGUGCCCAUGUACGUGGGUGAAAUCUCCCCCACCCACCUGCGGGGGGCGCUGGGGACCCUGCACCAGCUGGCCCUCGUCAUCGGGAUACUCAUUGCCCAGGUGUUCGGGCUGGACUCCCUCCUCGGCACCCCCGACCUCUGGCCCCUGCUCCUGGGUCUGACCGUGGCCCCGUCGGCCCUGCAGCUGGUGCUUUUCCCCUUCUGCCCCGAGAGCCCCCGGUACCUCUACAUCGUCCGCAACAAGGAGUCCAAGGCCAAAGAGAGUUUGAAGCGGCUGACGGGGUGCGGCGACGUGAGCGAGGCGCUGUCAGAGAUGAAGGAGGAGAAGCGGCGCAUGGACAUGGAGCGCAAGGUCUCCAUCGCCCAGCUCUUCCGCUGCCGGAUCUAUCGCCAGCCGCUGCUGAUCGCCGUGGUGCUCCAACUCUCCCAGCAGCUCUCCGGCAUCAACGCGAUAUUCUAUUAUUCCACCAGUAUCUUUGAGUCGGCCGGGCUGGAGCAGCCGGUGUUUGCCACGAUCGGCGCUGGGGCCAUCAACGCCGCCUUCACCGUUGUUUCGCUGUUCCUGGUGGAGCGGGCAGGCCGCCGGACCCUGCACCUGGUGGGGCUGGCAGGCAUGAUGGUGUGUGCCGUGGUGAUGACGGUGGCGUUGGUGUAUCUGGAGCGAGUGCCGGCUAUGAGCUACAUCAGCAUGGUGGCCAUCUUUGGCUUUGUGGCUUUCUUCGAGAUUGGGCCGGGGCCCAUCCCGUGGUUCAUCGUGGCCGAGCUCUUCAGCCAGGGGCCCCGCCCGGCAGCCAUAGCGGUGGCCGGGUGCUGCAACUGGACCUGCAACUUCAUCGUCGGCAUGGCCUUCCAGUCCAUGGCGGACAUCUGCGGGCCUUAUGUCUUCCUCAUCUUCGCGGCCCUCCUCCUGGGUUUCUUCCUCUUCACCUACUUCAAAGUCCCUGAGACGCGGGGCCGGACCUUCGAUCAGAUUGCUGCCGCCUUCCGACGCACCCCGUCUCUGCUAGACCACGAAGUCAAACCCUCCACCGAGCUGGACUGUCUGGGGCCAGACGACAACGCCUGACCCAGGGCGGGAGCGAUCGGCCAGAGAGAGAGAGACAGAGACACAAGAGGAAUGUAACCGUAACCGAGCACUUUAACGACACAGCAAGGUUUAGAGAUUUUUAGAAUAGUUGUUUUGUUUUUAGAUUUGUGGGUUUUAUUUUUAAGAUUAUACAUAUUAUAUAUAUAUAUAUAUAUAGCAAGAGAGUGAUUGUGUUGUAUGUGUGUGUGUGUGUGUGUGUGUGUGUUUAUCAGGGGCAUGGAGAUAAAGUUGUGUUGAGAGCUGCGGAAGGAGCUCGGUUAAGUGACAAAGGAAGGGGAACCUGGAGGAGAAUCCAGCUCAGCUGGUUGCCUGCUCUUGGAAUUGGAGGCAGGGAAAGACCGCCCCGAGAGCAUAUCCAGCAGCUGAAACAGAUGUUCAGGCAUUCUCGAGCAGCGUAUGACAGUAGUAGGCUCCAAAACCGUUGACUCCAAUGGGAUUCUGCGUCGAUUCAGAGACAGGAGACUUUUCUACCGAUGAGAAGGUAGGAGGAAGAUGCAAAACUCUGGUGGAGUUCUUUCGGUCCUACCGAACGUUGAGCCAAAGGGCCAGAAUGAGCGAGAUCUCCUCCCUAGCUCUCGGCGUUAGAGCGCGGAAGGUUGGAGCAAGAAGGCCAUGCGUCAUGGACGCCAUCAAAUGCCCUGCCUCCGUCGCUGAAAGGCAAGGCUCCCACAGACAGGAGCCGUGGCUCUCUGCCCUAUGCAUGGUCCAUGUAGUACAGUGGCCCGUGUCCGAGAGUGGCCAGCACUUGAUCCUUUGGAGGAAACCGUUCAGCGAUACAGUGGAGUCACCUCUUAACUCCCCAUGGCUGGCAAUUGACUCCUAGUGGCAAGAACUUCCAUCCUUUUCCGUCCAAGCCAGCAGAACUGAGGUCUGGAGAUGGGAUCUCCUACGGUCCCCACCAGUUUGGGGCAUCGUGCCAGUUUUGAGCCUAAAGCCAAUCAGCUCACAGGCAUAUUGUUCGUUAAGUUGAUGAGCGGGAUUUCCUGGAUGCUCUGACCUGGGACAUCCCUUCCCAUCCAUCUUCUGAGGUUUGUAGGUGGUCUGAGGGGACCUCACCACUCUUCCUGGAAAGCGAUUGUCAAGAGAAGAUGGUCAGCUCAUCUUUGGAGGAGAAUUGGUUGCGAGGGGCAGACGAGGGGGGAAAAGCUAUCGCCCAACGUGGGGAAGCUUUUGAGAAAGGGUGCGUUGGGUUUUGUGAAUUGCAGUCCGCACCAGUUGCAAGUCAACGCAGAACGUGGGACAUCCGCUCCACAGCUCAUGUCUACAGGGACAAGGAAUGGCCAGAUUGGAUCAGACCCACGGUCCACCUAGCUUGCUAUUGUGUUUUAACAUGAUGGUGUCCUCAGCCUUGCACACUUACAACCUCCUCGCUACAACUGGCAAAAGGCCCCGCAAAGCCCAUUGGAUAUGUGUUGGUGGCCGGCAGAAGACAAGAUGCUAUGAAGACUGUGCUCAGAAGUCCAGGACAAUUUGCUAGUUAAAGACGGUGGGAUCAUCGGUUGGUUUGGUUUUUUAAAGAAGGAUGUAAAUACAGAAGCAGCCAGAACAGAGCUGUUAUAAUUACUGCUCUCCAUUUCGGCUGCUGGAUGACCGAUGGAAGUCUGAAGACAGCCAGCUGAGUUGACCUACAAAGACCAACCUUGCUAAAAUUUUAGCGAUUAGACCCGACACUCCAUCAUGCCAGCUGUUGUGGGUGGGACAAAAGAAGAACCCAUUUAAGCAGAUCACAGGCACAAGAGACGAAUAGCUGAGCUUGAAGAGAGUUUAUGGACGAAGCCAGGAAGCUUCUGAACGGUUAGUAGGAUCUGAGAGAGUUUCUGUUUUGUAAUUAACGGAGGCGCUUGUCUUCAUGUCAGGGACACAUGGAGGGGCAUUAGCGCAUUAUGUGACCUUUUGUAUUUCAGCGAGAAGAAUGUAAGUAAUUCUUUGUAUAUAAAGGACAGAGUCAAACAGAG